AUGUCUGAAUCAGAUAGUGACUUUGCCAACGAUGAUGACGAUGAUGAACUUUUGCAGCAAUACCUAGGUAAAUCACAAGCUCCAAUAAAUCUUUUGACAACAGGCGACGAAGAUACAACACUCGAACAACAUCAUCAAGAACAACAUCCUCAGCAACACAUCAACAACAACCAGCCUAUUGCUUCCCAGUUUCUACAACAACCAAUAGACAAUGAAAUACAGGCUAAAUUGUUUCAAGCCGAUGGUGAGAUUGCUACUUUGAAAGCACAGUUGAUUCUGUUGCAAAAUGCCAAACGUGAUGAAUUAAAUACGCUACGGCAGUCAUAUGAUGCGUUUAAAAAGAGCAAAGAAGAAGAAGCAGCGGCAUUGAGGGAUGUUGUAUUGAAACUUGAAGAUGAUCGCAAGUUCCUAAAGAAUGAGUUGGUGACAACAAAUGCUUUGAAGAAGAGAAAGAUUAACGGUAAUGACAACACCAACAGCUCACAACAGACAAGACCUCAAGUGAGUACAGAGAUGGAUCAGCUGGUAUUUGAAGCAAGCCUCGAAUCAGAAGGGACGUCUAUCCCUAGUCAAACAAUACAAAAAGUGAUUCGAGUUCAACAUGAAACUUCGGCAUUAAUUGAUCAAAUUUGGAGAUAUUGCAUCCCUGGUAGUAAGCGAUCGACGAUUGAAUACUUGUCAAAGAUUUGUUUUAAUUUUGAUAUUGACACAUUAUACGGAUACAAGUUGGAAAAGAAAACAGCAAUAGCGUCAUUCAUUAGUAAUGUUUUGAUGUCAAUGAAAGCAGCGCGAUUAGAUGAAUUGAUUGAAAAGCUUUCGUUGUUGGUGUUGGACAUUAUUCGUCAAGUAGUUGCUCAGAAGGCUACAUUAUCAGUGCCAUUCCUAUUGUCAUUGAUUUAUUGCACCAUUAGCUUUAGGCCUGUUGCUGUUACCAAACCAGUGAUCAUCAAAUUAAUACAUGACUGUUGCGAAUUGGCAAUGAGUUACACGUUUCUAUUAAAUCCCAACUUGGAAGAAGAGGCCGACUUUGGCAACUAUCACGAUGUCCCUGACCAAGUUAUUGCCAUUGAGCGAUUCAUUCUCAUUUGUUGCUUAGAAUUGAUUGAGAAAUUAACAGUCAUUAGCUCCAUUUACGAUGCUGAUUUCAUUCGCCAAGUUUGGACUGAUCAAACUGUCAUACCAAAAGCUCUUGUAACCUCGUGUUUACCGCAAAAUGUUGAACGGUUUAAAUCGACAGCCCAAAUAAAUUUAGUGUUUAAUGUUGUCGAAAUCCUUCUUGCUUCAAUCACUGAAGAUACAUUUGGGUUUAAUGAAGCUGUAUCCGACUUUAACAUGAUUCUGUCAUUGAUGAGGAUAUUCUUGAUUGAUGUCCCCAUUAAAGACGGAUUUCGAUUUUACGGAUUGAAUCGAUUCAAUGGCAACAAUUACGAUUUGAAGGUGAUUGAUUUAACAAUACCCAUCAAACAUGACAAUUUACACAACUAUCUAGUGUCCAUUCCACAGCCAGUUUACAAAAACUUGGACUCUGAUUUGAACCAAAAGGAGAUUCAACUUCACCAUGAAGCUCAUCUUUUAAACCUCAAAAUCAAAGUGUGUGAGUUGUUUCAGUCCCUCAUUAUAUCCAAACAAACUAUAGAUUUUCUCAUUGACAAGGAGCAUUUCAAAUCAUUUGUGAGAAUCAUUCAUUUUGAACAAACUUAUAUGGCAAAUGAUCCACGAUCACCAACACUUCAUUCGCGUGUGCAUUUAAUUGGUCAAAUUGUUAAAAUAAUGAAUUAUUUAACUCAAGAUCUACACGAAGCAAGUGAUUUGAUCUAUAGUGAAACCAUGUAUGAAAUGUUUGUUGCAUUACUGCGGAUUGCAUUUGGUGCUGAUUCAUUAUCAUUGGAUGCUCACAAGUUGUUGGUGAAAAUACGAACUCAAGGACAUUUUGACAUCACUAUAUUCAAUAAAUCGUGUGAAGUGAGAGCUAGACAAUUGAAUCAUUUAACAGCAAAAGAUUUUAUUAGUAAGAAUGGUGGCAAGCUAGUUGCCAAUGUUGAAAGUGAUUAUGCUAAUGGGUUGGAGUUCCCUUAUGAGGCAGAGACGGUUGAAUUGAGUCGAGAGAUUUUGAAUCGAUUUGUUAACCAUGAGGAAGCGGAUAAUUUAUAUUUCAACAUGAAUUUUGAAUCACAAGACAAUGGAGAUGAUGAUGAAAAUGAAAAUUUCAGUGAUCUUGACAUGGAUAUAUAG